AUGGAGAAAGCUAUACAACAAAUCGCCCAAACAAUGGAGCGACAGCUCGAUUUUGAGCUGGAAAAGCUAGAUGCUCUGGAUGGUGGUGACCUUGAAGCUAUUCGUCAACAGCGCUUAAAUGAGAUGAAACAACGUGCUAAGCAAAAACAAGAGUGGCUGGCUAAUGGUCAUGGUGAAUAUACAGAGAUAGAUGGAGAAAAGGAAUUUUUUACUGUAUGCAACAAGAGUGAGAACCUCGUAUGCCAUUUCUAUAGACAUGAUUCACCUAGGUGUCGCAUAUUUGACAUGCACCUUAAGAUCUUGGCCAAAAAGCAUGUUGAGACUCGAUUCAUUAAGAUGGAUGCUGAGAAAGCACCAUUUCUAACUGGCCGUCUCAAAAUACGUGUAAUACCAACUCUUGCAUUAGUGAAAGCAAAUAAGACAAAGGAUUUUGUGGUUGGAUUCACUGAUCUUGGUAACCGAGAUGACUUCUCCACAGAUAUGCUCGAGUGGAGGAUCGCCAGGUCAGAAGUGAUCGAAUAUUCUGGAGACAUUCUAACACCACCUUCUGAGGGUAAAAAGAAGUCCGUACAUAUCCAAAGUAAGAAGGCUAUAAGGGGAACAAAGGACUCUGAUUCAGAUCUUAGUGAUUGA